GUGACCCACCAUCACCGUGACGUAGACUACCCUCCGUGCGUGUUCAACCCCCUGUGUACCUGCUCCAAGGCAGUGCCAGACCUGGGUAUAGUCACCUGCAGGGACGUGCCCCUGCCUAGGAUACCUCCCCCCAUCAACAGCAGCAAGGUGUUCAUGCUCAGCCUGGACAACAACGGCCUCAACUACCUCGAGCCUCACUUCCUAGAGGGAACUGGCCUUUACCGACUGGAGGUGAGUCGUAAUCCUAUCCAUCACAUUCCUGACGAGGCAUUCAUCGGACUAGAGAGAUCCCUGUGGGAACUAGAGUUGACCGAUGGCUACCUCAGAUCUGUGCCGAGCCGAGCUUUCCGCCACCUGCAGAAACUGCGGGUCCUUAACCUCAAAGGCAACGAGAUCUCAGAGAUCAACCCGGAGAGUUGGAGAGGUCUGGAGGAAUCGUUGCAGAACCUGAACCUCGCAGAGAAUGCAAUCGCACACUUGCCUGGCUCCGUGUUCUCUACGUUGCAGAACCUAGAGACUCUAGACUUGCGAGGCAACGCCAUCAUGGACUUUGACCCGACGGUGUUUGCUGGUGGGCCUCCUAGAUUGAUCAGACUGAUCCUUGCAGACAACCAGAUGCGCCACGUCCCCUACCGCCAGGUCUCUUCCCUCAAACUUCUGCGGCACUUGGACCUCAGCUACAACAUGAUAACCCAACUACACUCCACUGGCAGCUCGGAACCUGAACAUGCUGGCAGUCAACUCUCCCUGGAUACUCUGCAUCUUGACUACAACAACAUACAGUAUCUCCCUCCUGGGGCCUUCCAGCAUUUCAACAUCCUCAACCAGACCUUCCUCAAUGGCAACCCUCUUGCUCUCGUGCAGACUGAUGCUUUCCGAGACGCCCGUAUCCGAGAGCUGUACAUGGUGGACUGUGGUCUGCAGGAGAUUUCUCCCUCUGCCUUCUCCGGUCUAGAGGCAUCUCUGCAACUCCUGGACAUCUCCGGCAACAAUCUGACAAGUCUUCCUCCACAUCUGCUACAGUUUCACACUGAGGGUGUUAAUAAACCCUUCUUGGCCCGAAUUGAAAGAAAGGAGUUUGACUUCUUACGCACCCUGUAUGUCAAGGACAAUGCUCUAUACGGUUUGACGUCUCAAGAUGAGCCUGACACUGGCUUCCAAUACUCCCUGUACAGAUUGGAUGUCAGUGGACGAACCAAUGCUCCGAUGGCCAUCCAACAAAUGAGGAGGAUGAGGAAUCUACGUUGGCUUGGAAUGUCUCGUCUAUCCAAAGUGUCCUUGAACUCUGAUGACUUUAAUGAGUUUGGUGUAGACUUGGAAGAACUUCACAUCAAUGACGGAGGUAUUCAGAAGAUCAGUGCUCAUGCAUUCAAACACAUCCGCGGUCUCAAGCGACUUGAUCUAUCGGACAACGGGAUCUCCAACAUCGACUACAACGCUUUUGACGAGAUUGGCCACUCUCUUCAGUAUCUGCGCCUGUCACAUGCCUUGGCCUCUUCCCUCAAGCAAGUGCCUGGGGACGCACUCCGCCCCCUGGGCAGUCUCCAGCACCUAGACAUGAGCCACAACAAGCUGCAUAGCCUUCCAGAGACAGCCUUCCACUUCCUACGACGUCUGAGAGUGUUGCAGCUGGAGGACAACAUGAUUGACAAUGUCCACAAAGGCACAUUCCAGGGUGACAUCCACAGGGAGCUGGAAGAGUUGUACUUCUCCUUCAACAAGUUGUCGGCUAUCAACACACACACGUUUGUAGAUCUGUCUCAGUUGUCGCGACUGAAGUUGGACGACAACGUGAUCUCGCGUGUGGACCGCCGCGCGUUCAUCAACCUAGAGCAUCUACGCGAGCUGGAUCUGCGAGGCAACAAGAUCUCUUUUGUCAGCGACGAAGCCUUCCAGAAUCUUCCCGAGCUGGAACACUUGGACAUGGCCUACAACCAGUUGAGGAUGUUCAACUUUGCCUGCUUAGACCAGGUUGGAACUUUGGCAACAUUCAAGCUCAACAUGAGCUACAACUCCCUGCGUGACCUUGAACUGAACACAACCUUCACUGGAAGAGAGAACAUCAUUCAUGCAAAUGUUAAGGUUUUAGACAUGUCACACAACAACAUUACCCACAUCGGCCGCGGCUACUUUCGCCCUGUGGAACGCAGUCUGACUCAUCUCUACCUGCGACACAACUGGUUGAGCAACGCGACACGUGACGUGUUCGGCAACAUGCCGCAUCUUCAGUGGCUCGACCUGGCUCACAACAAUCUCUACGAGGUCGACUUUGACAGCUUCAGAAACACCAAGAAACUCCAGGUCUUGUACAUGUCCUGGAACCAUCUGCAUGAUCUGCCAGCCGAGCUCUUCCGCGGCUUGUCCAACCUGCGUGUUGUUGAACUUUCAGGAAACAG